GGCGGGGGGGAGGGGCACAAGGAAAGGCAGGACCGGCCUCGGGCCCGAGGGGCGGGGAGGGGGCGCCGGCAGACACGGGCCGGCCCCGGACACCGAGACGGAGGCGCAGAGACCGCGGCGGUGGAGGUGGCAGCGCCUGGGGGGCACAGAGAUAGGAGUGAGGGCUGAGAGAUAGGGUCUGAGGUCGCCGAAACACGGAGGCGAGAGACCGAGAGAUAGUCGGGGGUCACAGAGACAGAAAGGCAGGAGAGAGGCGAGGAGGAGGGCCAGAGAGAGCGCACGGAGCCCCGGGGUCCCGGACGCUGGGCGGGCAAGAGGGCGGAGAAGCCGGGCCAGGCUCGAGCCCGGAGCCUCCAGGAAAGCCCUGCCGGCCGGCCGGGGGAGGGGGGCGGGGGAGGGCGGAGGCGGGGGAGGCCGGGCGCCGCCCCGGCUCACAAAAGUCCCUUGGGCUCAGCUGGCUGCAGGGGAAGUCCCCGGUGCGCUGCGCGCUGCGCUGAGAUCUGAGCCGAGCCGAGCAGGGCUGCAGCCUGUGCCCGGCGGCGGCGGCUCCCGGGCCUCCCUCGCAGCCCGGCUCCGAGCUGCACCCCUCCGGCGGGCCCCAGGGAGCCCCCGAGGCAGCCAAGGGCUCCGGCCAUGCCCCGAUGCCCCCGGGACAUGGACGAGGGGCCAGUGGACCUGCGGACGCGUCCCAAAGCCGGCCUCCCCGACCCGGAGGCCACCCUGCCCCUGAGAAAGCGGCGCUACCGGGAGCCCCCCCGGGACCUCCCCCAGGAGCCCCCGGAGCCUUCAGCCCAGAGCUUCGGCACGUACCCCGGCCUCCCCAGCCCUGCCACAGCCAUCUACUAUCCUGGCCCUUUCCUCUAUCCUGCCCCAGCCCUGGGGGCCCCGUUUCCAGUCCUGGGCCUGCCGCCACCCAGCUACCCGGUGCUGUGCCCCCUGGAGAACCCCUUGAGCGCAGACAUAGCCAAGGCCACCAGACCCGACGAGGAUGGAGACACGCCUCUCCACAUCGCAGUAGUCCAGGGCAACUUCCUGGCAGUGCAGCGCCUGGUCCAGCUCUUCCAACAAGGGGGGAGGGACCUGGAUGUCUACAAUAACUUAAGGCAGACACCCCUCCACCUAGCCAUCAUCACUACCCAGCCCUCGGUGGUGAGGCUCCUGGUGUCUAGGGGGGCCAGCCCCAUGGCCCUGGACCGAAACGGCCAGACAGCAGCUCACUUGGCCUGUGAACACCGGAGCCCCAGCUGCCUGCGGGCCCUGCUGGACACCUCAGCCCCUGGGGCACUGGGCCUGGAAGCCAGGAACUAUGAGGGACUGACCCCCCUCCACGUGGCCGUCAACACAGAGAACACAGAGACCGUACUGCUGCUGUUGGAGCGAGGAGCAGACAUUGAUGCUGUGGACAUCAAGAGUGGCCGCUCCCCGCUCAUCCAUGCUGUGGAAAACAACAGUCUGUGUAUGGUGCAGCUGCUGCUCCAGCACGGCGCCAACGUGAACGCACAAAUGUACUCGGGCAGCUCUGCCCUCCAUUCAGCCUCAGGCCGGGGCCUCCUGCCCCUGGUCCGAACCCUGGUCCGGAGCGGGGCGGACAGCAGCCUCAAGAACUGCCACAACGAUACCCCUCUCAUGGUGGCUCGGAACCGACGAGUCAUCGACAUCUUGAGGGGGAAAGCUUCCCGCUCUGGCCCCCAACCUGCCCUGGGACCCGCAGAGCCCACCCAAGAUGGAAGCGCCCCCAUCUCCCCCGAAGGCAGCAGCCAGUUCGGAUCUAGUGGCCCACCGUCAGCAUCUCCGGCUUCGUCCUCACCGCCCCGCUCUCCCCCCGAGGACCCCCCCACCUCGCUGCAGGGCCCCCAGAUAUUCUUCCUGCCGACCCAGUCCCCAGCAGCGUUUCUUCCCUACCCCGGGCCGCUCCGAGUCUCCGGCCGGCCGGUCCCCCCGGCCCCUGCUCCCGGUGGGAGCUGAGGGAAGAGGGAAGGCCUCUGCAUCAAGGGAAGGGCCCCCGGAAAACUGUGAAGGGCACGUGUCCCCCCUCCUACCGAGACUCACAGGACCAAGAUUUGCACACACCUCCUCCCCGACCCUCUGCAGGGGACACCCACCGGGCUGGCAGCGCCCCCGCCUGCCCUGCCCCUUGUCCCCCCAGCACCCUUCAUCCCAGAUACCUCUCCGGGCUCUGGUGCGCGCUGGCUCCCGGGGCUGAAGACAAUGUAAAUUAUUGGGGAUUUCGGUUUACUUUUGUAAUAAACUAUUUUUGUAUCAUA